AUGUGUCCAAAGACCAGUCUAUUGAUCUUUUUGGGAUACUUGGCUUUGUGCCAAGCCCAAAUGUACACAAUUGAAUCAGUUGAAGAUGCUUCAUUGAUCUGUGCUGCCAAUGAGACCUUCAGUGAUUGCUACAACCCGUGUACUGAAGCAACAUGUUCAAAAAUGGAUUCCGAUGAUUCGUGCUCUAUGAUGUGUAUGCAAGGAUGUAUGUGUGAACAGGGAUUUAUGAGGAAUGAUCAAGGAGAUUGUGUUCUAACGAAAGAUUGUGGUGGUGUUGGUCAGCUAGUUGGUGAGAGUUGGGGUAAUUUCAGAGUACACGAAAAGACAACCCAGAACUACAGGUGUAUUUGUGUUAAUUUAUUGCAUAGUGAAAUCGUGUACUGUGUGAUCGUGAAUUCGUGUAUAGUCUUUUUGUUUACAAUAUUUACAAGCUGUCCAAUCGGGACACGAGGGCGUAUAUGCAAUAUAUUCGUGUAAAGUGUAUUAGUUAACUCUUCACACAUUUGCCUCAUUCUCACGUCAUUUUGCCCCAGGAACCAAUUUUCAAGCGUGUUCAGAGUCAUAGAGUUUUCGUGUACAGGUGUAUUUGUAUAGUAUCCGUGGAAACUUCCUGUAAACCAUACAACUCACAGAUUUUUCAGCAAAAUCAAGCCCAGUUCGUUGCAAUUGCCCAAGUGGCUAUGUUUGCGUGAUCCAAUCUGGAAAAUCCACUUGUGUCAAACCCAUAACUCUCACCUGUCGAAAUGUUGUGUGUAGAUCAGGAACAUGUGCGAUGGUUAGACCAGUUGGAUGUAAUAGAUCGAAUUGUGCCGCCCAAACAACCUGUGUGCAAUCAAACCGUGAGCUGGAAUUAAAAAUUUGAUUUUCUUUGAAUACCUCGAUUUUCAGCUUGUAAUCGUACACGAUGUCCUGCUAGAAAAGAAUGUGUUCUGAAACGUGUUACAUGUAGAAACUCACAAAAAUGGUAGGUUAAAUCUCGGUGAUUUGGUUUUUACAGUAACACUGACUGGUUUUUUACAGUAACUCAAUAGUCGCCGAAUGUGUCGCGAAAAAGGGUGGAAAACAAUCUCCAAUGAAAAUGACAAAAUGUCCGAUGAACGAAAAAAUGGUAGCAUGCAAAAAUGCGUGUGCGGAAGAAGUUUGCAAUCAAAAGGGAAAAUAUAUGUGUACUGAAGAGUGUCCGGGCAGCGGUUGUGUUUGUAUCGAGGGAUUCUAUAGACAUCCGAAUGGGAUGUGUGUCAAUCAACAAGUUUGUGAUGCAAUGAAAAUGAACUGA